CGUGACUGUGAAAAUGGCGGUCAAAGUGUUAGCACUUGUUUUGGCUCUCGCUGUAUCCAUUAAUGGAUACCCAAGUCAUGGAUUCAAAUAUCAAUGUGUACCCAAAAUCAACACUAUACCAUUAGUAUCAAGAGAUGAUUGGGGCGCACAAUCACCUAGUUACAUCACCAACCUAACCCUGCCAGUGCCGUAUGUGAUCAUCCACCACACGUAUGAACCCGGCGCAUGUUAUUCGCUGCAGGAUUGUUCGCGAGCCAUGCGGUCAAUGCAGACCUACCAUCAAGCAACACAAGGAUGGGCUGACAUCGGAUACAAUUUCGCAGUGGGAGGCGACGGAUCUAUUUACGAAGGUCGCGGCUGGAAGGCAGUUGGGGCGCACGCAGCGGGGUAUAACUCUGUCAGCAUUGGCAUAGCACUUAUUGGAGAUUUUGUCUCUGAACUGCCACCAGCACACCAAUUGGAAUUAACAAAAGAAUUGAUAUCAUUUGGCGUGGAACAAGGAUAUAUCAGUAAGGAGUAUUCUCUGAUCGGACACCGACAAGUGAGGAAUACAGAGUGUCCCGGAGACGCGCUGUUCCAAGAAAUUACAACCUGGGAUAGAUUCAUCCCAACUGUCGAUACAAACUGAUUGAAAAAUAACGGAUUAUUUGGCAAUUAAAUCUUAUCAAAAUAA